AUGCGUCGAGCAGUGGAAGAGGACAACGACGAUGUUGUCGAAAUUUUAGACAAAUCGUGUCCGCGUCUGAAGGAGUUAUACGGAUUGUAUUAUAUUAGCGAGUUGAUUGGACGUCAUCCAGAAAGUCAGCGGAAAAUUCUUGUGGGUGAUGUCCAAGGACGCGCGGUUGCUGUUAUAUGUCUGAAUACAGAUAUUAAUUAUAGGCAACUCCAGAAGAUAUAUGAUUUAAAACCGUUCAAUGGGCUCAGUUCAUCUACGCCUCUCGAGAAGGAGCAAAGCAAGCGAGCGAAUAAACUCCUAACCGUUUUCGGAAAUCCAAUAAGAAAUGGGAAAUGGCACCCAUUUCAACAUCUACUAAAGACUUCUGGCCACUCACUUGGCAUACCGGAGGACGCUACUUCUAAAUGUAGAAACAACCGUCAUUUACCGACAAAGAAGUUGAGCAAAGUGAACUUCAAGAGAAAUGCUAAAAGGAACCAUAGUUUAGAUCAAAUUAUAAUGAAGCAAAACGAUUCUGAUGAUUUGAGCGACAGAAUAUUCAAUUUCUCUCCAAUUUUAUCACAGAGUGCAUUAGUCUCAGUUGCCAAUAUGCUGGAUGAUGAUCCCUUUGAUUAUGACAUCGUAAACAUCGAUCAGAAAUGGUUACAAGAUGUCCCGUCUAAUGAAGUCAGACAUGCUUUUGAUAUGUUAGAGGCAGCAUUUGAUUUGAUGAAGGACUAUGACUACUGCAUCAUUCGUAUUCCCGCUACUGAGCACCAUUUUCCGUUAUUACAACACUUUUGCUUUGUUCCUCUAAGAAGUCGAGUUUGCUGUGAUUACUGCCUGUAUGUGGCUCAUAGAAGUUCAGUAUUAGGGAAGCUAAGAGUUCGUGAAGCAGAAAUAAUCGACAUACCUAAUAUAGCCCAUUUACUGUACCCCUUGGACGCAAAGGACACUAUGCACGCUAUUGAAACUAUGAUAUUAAGCAACAAAGAGAAUCACGCAUAUGUCUUCACUAGCGGAAUGUCAAUUGUCGGCAUUGCAAUAUUGGAAUUUUCAGAAGAAAUAGACUUUAUAAGAGGCCGCUUCAACUUAGACGCUUUCCAACUGCAUAAAUACCGCUACGAAUGCCAUGGAAUAGACGCUGGUCACAUGAAUAUUAAAACCAUCAUAGCUUACCCAGUAUUUGAACCACAUUUUAGGUUCUUCACAAGAGAGCUAAUGCGGUUAUCAGGGAGUAAUACCUUGAUGUAUGUUACAGGUUACAGGAAUAAAUGGGCGGUACAUAAAGUAAACGUGGCAGUUUCUUCUAUGAUUCCUUUAAUGCCCAGGGAGAUGGAGAUUGACAGUGAGACGGUGCCUGAAUUGAAAAGGAUAGGGACGAUGCUUAAUGAAAUGAGAAGACCAGUGGCAGAAUAUUGUCCCCUCGAUGUACCACGGUACAGUGACACUGAGCUUCAGAUCACAUGUGAUGACACACCCCGUAACGUUUUCAUUAUCAACCACGUAAUAGAAGCCCAAAAAGCUUUGGAUUAUGUCAAACAAUUAUCUUGGACUAGCGACG